CACUCAUCCGACCAAGAUCCAGCUUUUAGGUUGACCAACUACUACGUCUGUCUAGUAAACGUCAAGAUGCAAUUUCCCAAUCAAUGCUCAUUGAUCGUAUGGCGAUAGCGUCCAAGUUUCGCAGGUGGACAUGUCCCCAGGUGAUGCGGAGAUAUCUUCAAUUGCAACGAGCAACAUGUUUCUUUUGACCGAAGAGAGGUCUUAUCGGGCUUGAGAAGGCUAAGCAGCGUCUCGCUGAUUUCUGUGAUCAUCUGUAUGGCCUGUCUUUUGACGGCUGUGACUUGAUCUUUCUUCAACAGUGAUCCUUCCCACCGCGAUAUAACUUCGAUGCUGCUAUGCUAAAUGUAUAAGUAGAGUCAAUCGUCAGUCUUUAAUCACCUUCUAUUCCCCGUAGAGAUGGGACUGCAAGUUCGAUAUACCAUUCCUUCCGACCAGCAGGGCCCGUUGGAUCUAAAUGUCUCAUUGGCUGCUGUCUCUAUGACAUGUAUCAGUUAUGGUAUGGUUCAUCACUUCUAUCUGGCGAGCAGAGCACCCUGAAUCUUGUAUUGAACCGGACAGGCACGCAGGCUAUCUUAUGCUUCCAAACUCUCCGACGCCUCUGGGUCCGGAAACCGAGUACUCAUUUUAUCAAAUUUCUUUUCUGUUAUACCGUAUUUCUGGGAAUGAUCAAUACCAUAUGGGUCGUCACCGCUCCUUUCAGCAUCCAGGCUACAGCAGCAUGGUGGGAAGGCUGCUCUCCCCUAAUAAACUUUCGUCCCGGACGCGGUGUCUUUCAAUGUUCGACGGAACAUCUGCAAGAAAAGCAACGAUUGGCUACACUUCUUGACACAAUAUCAGUAGUAGCAUAUAUUGUGUGCACAUUCUGCGUAGACGCCUUACUGAUAUGGCGUUGCAGGCAUUUUUGGGAAAUCACCUUCUCUAGAUACGCGAACCAAGUCGUGAUUCUACCUCUGAUGAUGCUCAUUGGUGCACUGGUCUCUAGCAUGUUUUUCUUUCCAGAAACCGCCCGGCCACUGAACAAUAUAUACUUGACCAUCUUACUGUCCAAUAACAUUCUUCUGACGUCACUCAUCAUCGCCCGGCUGACAUACUGCAAACGGAAUAUCCAGAAGCUGUUCGAUGAGGCUCACACUGGACAUUACACGUUCAUCUCCGCGAUGUUCGUAGAGUCAGCCGCCUUCAACGCUGUUAGCUCGAUCCUCAUGAUCGCGACAAUUUUGGCGAAGAAUGAUACGUUCCAAAUCUGGUAUGCCAUCGAUCCUGCCAUUCAGGCGUGCUCCAGCUACUUUAUCAUAUAUAGAGGGCUACAGGGCAUUCGAGGAAGCUGGAGUGACGAUCCACUCACGCGUGAGAUGUCAUCCGUUGUCUUCGUCGAACCGGAGCUUUCUAGGCGGACUGAUCAGGCUUCCGCUGUGGAUCGGACAGAUCAUACGGAAACUAGGUCGAGCGAUCACACAGGGGUGAGUAUUCAGGAUGUCGGACUGAAAGGCUCAGACGAAGUGUGCGGUAAUCCUGGAAGCAUUGUUUCACACUAUCAAGUAUAAUUCCAAUAAAUCUAUUCUGGUCGCCUCCACGAUGGCGAUCUUGCAGCGACUGUCAAGUAAUUGAAUGGAAUGGAGGCAUUUGUUUGAAGGUCGUCUC